AUGAGUCGUGAACGCAAAAUAGUGAGUGAGAAGCUCACAUCCCUUGAACCUGUGGCUAUGUCAGCCAAAGACAUGGAGGAGGACGAGUACGGAGAUCAAACGCCCUCGGGCUCCUCAACGCCCAAUCUGUCAGAAGCGGUGGACCAAAUUAAACGUUCUCUGAGCAUUUCGGCGUUGCAGGAAAUGUCUGCCAAGCCCUCAAAGGAGGUCCGACGAUCUAUUCAGAAUAAGCUUUGGCGUCCACACGACGAUGAAGCUCGUCUACCGAGUGAUUGGGAGCGACUAAUUGUACACGUGUUCCGUGCGGGGAGUCGUGCGUUCAUGUUGUCGUAUGGUCUCCGAAGCACCAUUUCGUUUUUGGUGGUACUCAUCAAGGCCCUCCGUACUCGCAAAGGUGUAAACCGCGUCGCCUUGAAGAAUGCAUAUGUGGGUGAAGAUACGACCCGCUUUGCUCUCAUGUUUGGUGUAUGGGCUGCCAUUUACAAAUUUGUGAACAACGCUCUUCGUUUGCUCACGCCUAUGCCUGUGAUUAAGUCCAAACCGGUUCGCCCCAUGAUGCGACGUACUAAGACUGCGCCUGCUUCGACAGGGAACAUGGAUAUGGCCGAUGAAGGGCUCACCAUGAAAGUGAAGAGCAAGAAGCCAGAGAAUAAGAAGAAGAUGGAAUGGCAGCAUCUCUCGGCGUAUGACCCUCGUGUUCGCAGCUGGCAUGCAUAUGUAGCUGGUGCCCUGUCGUCGGUCGCAUUCCUCAUCGAAAAGCCUAGCUUUGUGCAGUCGCUGGGUAUGCAGCUCUUUGUUCGUGGCCUAGAAGGGUCAUACCGCCAGGCACGCUCCCAUGGCUUUAUUAACAUUCCUCAUGGAGCUAUCUUGGUAUUUGGACUUGCGAACAUCCAAAUUAUGCUGUCCUGGCUAGGUGCACGCGGCUAUUUGAACCGUGGCUAUCGCUCUUGGAUUGACAAGGCAUCUGGCAUUCCCAAGCCUGCCACCAUAGCGUACGAAUCGGGCUUGAACAACACGAGUGUAGACCCGUGGGCCCUUGUGGAUAUCUUUGGCGGUAAGGUGCCCGAGCCAAUUAGUCAAAACCCACGCAAGUUUGCCAGCUUACCGCCCAACAAACACAGUCCCAUGGGCGUGACAGGUGAAACAAUCGAAAAGGUGUAUCAAUGGAUGGAGCGUGGCGAACUGAACCGUUACCCUACGUGCGCCUUGGCGCAUCCUUACUCGAACAACCACUUGUACGUGACAUACCAGAGCUUCGUUCAAUCGUGGAAAUUUAUUAUGCCCGUCUACCUUACCCUAUACAUCGUCCCAGCCGUAUUUCUUCGUCCGAAAUCUCUGCUCAAGUCUCCCAAGACGGUGGCCAUUCGUUCUGUCAUGGGCGCUUCUCGCUCUUCUGCCUUCUUGGCCAUGUACACUGUGAUCUAUAAGACGAUCUUCUGCUUGCUGCAUGAGGGAUCUGACCAGAUUCGCAGCAGCUCUUUGGACAAGUAUCCAUUCUUCCACAAGCUGUCCAAUUUGCUGGUUGACCACCGCAUAAAGGCUCUGCCUGGCUUUAUGACAGGCUUAUCCCUUCUGGUCGAGCACCGACGUCGUCGCAGUGAACUGUCGGCCUAUGUUCUGCCCAAGGCAUUGGAAACGUUCUGGAAGUCGGGCCGGUCGCGUGGCAUCUUCCCUCCUGUGCCCUACGGCGAAUACUUGAUUGCCGCAGCCAGUCUGUCGAUGAUAAUGGGUACCUAUGCUCAUAACCCUGAGAAUCUUUCGCACCUUGUCUCGCGUGUGAUCUACCAAUUUAUUGGACGUAAUUAG